AUGUCAGAAACUUUAGAAAAAAUUGCUCGUCUUCCUGAAAAUAGGAAAUGCUUUGAUUGUGAUUCUCCUAACCCUCAAUGGGCAUCUUGUAACCUUGGUAUCUUUAUAUGUUUGGAAUGCAGUGGACAACACCGUGGUUUGGGUGUAGAGAAAAGCUUUGUACGUAGUGUAACAAUGGAUAAUUGGAAUGACAGACAAAUAAAAAUGAUGGAAAAGGGUGGAAACGAACGUGCUCGUGCAUUCUUGAUGACUGACCCCGAAUUUUUAUCUUCGAAAAGUAUUAGAGACAAGUAUAAUACUGAUAUUGCUGAAGAUUAUCGGGAAAAACUUCUUGCAGACGUCGAUGGCCGUGAGUGGAUAAAAGGAGAGCGUCCCAAACAGCCAGAAGUUAAUUCGAGUACGGUCCCUAUUCCAAGUAAGGAAGAUAAGGAACAAUACUUUGAACGCUUAGGAUCUGUAAACUCCCAGCGUUCGACUGACUUGCCUCCUUCUCAAGGAGGUCGUUACGCUGGAUUUGGUAGCACAAACUCCGUACCUCCUUCAUUCCCUGGUAAUGGAGAAAGUGGACCCUCCUUUAUGGAUGAGCUCUCAAAAAAUCCAAUUUCUGCAUUGAAUCAUGGAUGGAGCAUGUUUUCCAAAUCCUUAUCACAACAGGUGCAGGAUAUUAAUAAAACUUAUGUACAGUCUACCUUUGCAAAGGCUCCUGAGAUUCGAAGAGAUUAUGUUGAUGCUGUGAAAACUUUUUCCACUUCCGUCCAGUCAACCGCUCGUCAGUCUUAUCAACAAGUGCGAUCCAUAAUCGAUGAAAAUAUAAACGCGACCGAUGGUCCUUCUCAAAGACCUGCUUCUGAGCACCACACGGAUCCGGAUGUUACAAAUCCAUUAAUCCAUGGCGACGAUCACUCCGAGGAAUUACCAUCUUACUCAUCUGUAGUCAACAAACAAAAGUUUGAAGGAAAGCAAGAAUAA